GAUGUUUCAGACAUCCAGGAUUGCUCCCAUUAGCUCUAACAUGGGUGUGACGCUUUUGGUCGUCCCAUGCGCUUGGGACCGUUACCUCAUCUAUCUUUAUCUUUCCCACAAGUUGGAGACCUCUUGAACAACUCGAAGGCAAAACCGUAUCCAACCACUACCAAUCGCUCGUGCUUCGUUCAGAGCUGCAUCCGAGUCAGUCAGUCAACUCGUAACCACAUCUGCCAUACUUACUUCUUCAUCGUGGCCAACAAACCAAUACCACUGUAUCCAUCACUCCAUCACAGAGAGUGAAGUGAUCGAAAGAAGUGAUCAUAAAAAGAAGAACACAAGCAGCUCAAGCCUUCAGCUCACUCGACCUCUUCAAUACCGUUCUCAUUGUUAUUAUCUUCCAAAAUGCAAGGCAUCAACAUCAACAACAAUAACAACAACCAGAAAGAUACCAUGAAUGUGACCUACCUCGAUGUAACCUACCAUGGCGAACCCGGACGUAUUUCGCUGCAAUCCGACAGCAUGGCCUUUUUUGCCGCGGCCAGUGAUCAGACCAUUGUCAUUCCGUGGAAUUCCGUCGGCAAGUUGCACACGGGUGCCAUGAAAUCCACCGCCACUGGCAAGGAAGAGUAUCUCUUGAAGAUCAUCAUGGCGCGAGGACCCGAUGAAAAUUUUGUCUUUGGCAUGAACCAGGAACCAGAGUUGGAUCGCAUUCGAGAAGAUAUUCAACGUCUCGUCAAGGCGUACAAUAGCAGCCAUACUCAUGGCAGCAUUAUGACUCCGGCAUCCGGUCUCAUGAUGAUGGACCACAGCAGCACCAAUGGCAGUGACACCAACAGUAACAUGAACAACAAGAUUCGCUCCUCGUCGGCUUUGGUAGUCCCACCCCCCACCACGAACGACAGCCGCAACAACAGUUUGACCAGUGUCAUUUCCCGUGGUUCCGUCAGUAUGGUCAGUGCUGCUGGAUCGAAACAAGGCAAUAGUAAGGAGCAACCAUUUCAAGACGAAGAGAGUCUGCUGAUGAGCAACCACUCGGCGCGUUCCAAGCCACACGAAAUCACCGUCAUGGCGUCGGAUGAUGAUCGCAGCCACAGAAGUGGUUCCACGGCUUCUACCGACCAUGACUCGAUCCUGUCGGGUUCCACCACCCGAAGUCCAGUUGCUUCCCCUGUACGUUCUUCCAACACUAGCAGUAGCAACAGCAAUCGCAACCUUUCCACCCGCAGUCAUCAAAAUGAACGUGAUCCCGAGACUGGUUUGACGAGAAGCAGCUCCAAGAGCAUCAUGAUGGACCCCAAGGCAUCCUUCCAAAAAGAUUCUGCCGAUAUGCCACCGUUGGCCACGUAUCGUUUGGUACCCGAUCAAGGACGCCAGAUGGACUCUUAUAUCUACCCCACCAAGGAAGUUCUACCACCCAAAAAGAUGUGGCAUUCCAAGUGGUUCUGGCUCGCCAUGGUGUUUGUGGCCUUGCUCCUCAUGGGAAUUGGAAUUGGCAUUGGAAUGCUCGGCAUCAAUGCUGCCAACAAUAAUGACAAGAACCAAGCCCCGGCCAAUGAAGUGGUGGGCAUGCAAGAUGCCACCAUUGUUCCCGUCCCGUCCUCGGCUCCAUCCGAGGCGCCAACCAUGGAGGCUACUGCAAAUGCUACUACAGAUAUCCUCAACAUCACCAAUGUCGUCGUGGCAUCGGCUCAGGAAAGACCCGCUACACCCGCUCCGGUCGUGCCACCGACAUUCGCUCCCAUCACCAGAGCACCCACGACGCCUCUACCAACCAAUGCACCCACGGAACCUGGCUGUUCCGGUGUCCCACAUGGAGUAGCAGUCAACCAACGUGCCAAUGCUAUUGUGGCUGGAAACUAUGGCGGAAGUACCUUUUGCAGAGCCUCCAUGAUCUCCAUUUGCAAGGCCACGGAAUGGAUUCAGUUUUCCAAGUUUACAGGCACUAGCAGUGCCUGGUUUGUAGCCAGUGCCUAUGACGAUUCCUUUUGCGCCGCCGAUGUGGAACACAAAGUGAGGCUGGAAGUUCCUCGUGGAGUGGACUAUGACGUGCACGUUUACGAGUACAAUUCACCCAUUCCUCAUGACUCGGCCAUGCGAGGUGGUGAAGAUGGAGGCGCCCGAGAGGUUGUCAUCUCGGCCAAGGAGGUCUUUGGUGAUAUUUUGGAUGUCGCAUUUACGUACUACAUCCAUGUGGAAUACAAGUCGGGUGCCUCGUGCGAGCCUUGGGUGCUGAGCAUCAGUGGACAUGAAUGUCUCUAGCUACGGUAGAAAGCAAUACGAGACUUUGGACUAGGUUUGGUGGCAUCUUGGAUGGGGCAUUUACGCACUUGUACAUCCAUGUCAAUUACAAGUCUGGUGCCUUGGAUUUGAGCAUCAGUGGACAUGGACGAUGAAUGUCUGGUACAUGAAGUAGUUCCUUCAAAGGGACCGGCACACGUAGACUUUAGCACUAUCAUGAUUUUAGCACUAUCAUUAUUUACAAUUGAAACUUCAUGUCGUCGGCCCGUCCUGAUGUGCAAACCUAGGAUGGUUCUCUAUUUCUUCUUUGAUUGAUAGCGGCAACCAUGGGU